UCAUGGCGCCUGAGUCCCUAAGACAGCCAGCAGGUGCUGGUGUACCAGGAGGCUGGGCACAUUUGUCUGACAAGGGGGUUGGGGGGCUGUUAAACUAGGUGCUAAGUGGAGGGGGGUGGGCAAAAGCUAGGAAACUCGAUUCUCCGGGUGCUGAAUAGGGUGAUGGCGAUUACUCAGGGCCAGCAGAUGUAUGGGCACUAACAGCCUUUCAGAAGCAGGUAGGAGCUGGAGGCUCCAUGCUAAGGUCUCUAAAGUGGUCUGGGCAGGGACAUUCCAAAGCCCUGACUAUAAGUGAAGCAGCUAGAGUCCCGGAAAGCUAGGGUGCCUAAACAUGGGCCUGAGAACCCUGCGGCCCAGCUGGGAGGGGGGCGCCGGGAUUCCCAGGUCAAAGGCGCGGCUGUGGGGGGAUCCCCACGCCGCCUGCACCCCCUCCUUGGCGGCGGUGGCAGGAGAUGGGGGAGGCGAGGCUGCCGAGAGAGCUGACCAUGGACAGCUCCGGCGCGGGCCUGUUUCCAGGGCGAGCCAGCCCGGAUCGAGGAACGUCGCCGGCUGUUCCAGCCAGAAGAUCCCAGGCGGUCGUGGCCCCUUUAACAGAAGACUGACGGACGGCGCUGAGUGGCCAAUGAGAAUUAGCGUCCGUGCCGGCCGGCGACAGGGCCCCGCCUUCACAUCAAGAGGGAGGGGCCGCGCGGGCGGAGAGCUGAGGGCGGGACUCAUGGCACAGCAACCAAUAAGCGUGCGGCGUGCGGCGGCCUGGAUGGAGGCGGAGCCCGGCAGAGGAUGAUGUCACCUGAAUCUAGUAGCGCGCGGCGUGGAAAGCGAGUCACGACCCCGCGUUCCCGCGGCAGUGCGCGUCUAACGGGACAGGAGGGCUGGGUGGUGGGAUGGGAACUCAACACUCGAGGUGGGAAUUCUUUUUCUUUUUCUUUUUAAGGCAAGGGCGGCUCCCGGAAGGAUGUGCUCGGUUGGAAGGUGAGGCUAGUAGCCGAUGGGUAGCGAGUGCCUGGUACUCCGCACCCCUGCGCCCGCCUGGGGAACUGCACGCGGCCCGCCACCCCCGACUCCCACGCAGACGGUGGCACGGCCCACAGGGCUCCCCCAGCGAAUGGUUCGCUCCGCCACGCCUACAGAGGCAGCGCUCAGGCUCCUGCUGCGUUUCCAGACUCCCGCGUCCGACCCGCGGCGGAAGACCCUGCCAGACCCUCUCCUUCCGAACCUCUUAAGUGUUGGGGACAGUGGUCUUCAGUGCUGCGCCCUGGCACUCACUUAGACGCAGCCUUGGGCCGGGCUAGUCUCUGGGAAGCCGGCCAGCCUCAGCCCUCGGAGCUACCCAUACUGGAAAGAGCUUGGUUUUAACCUCAGCUUCACCCUCCUCCUCCACAGACACUAUUCCAGGAUGCGCGACAGACACACAAGACACUCGGUGAGGGUUAAAGAUCUUUAAAUAAGGUGCCAGUGACAAUAAAUAAUACUGUACAGGG